CGAGGUGGGCAGUACAACAAUCAAAAGUUGGAAUUAAAGUAGCAAAUUUAGACCAUUUUACUUCUAUAUGCUCAACUGCUCAACAUACCACUUUUCCACCAGCCAUAAUGGUCAAAAAUCCAAAAAAACUCAGAUUUUUCCAGAUUCAUUACUCCAAUAUAUGUUGAUAUGAAUACUCCUACACAAAUGAAUAUGGAUAAAGUAAGGUAAUUUUGCCUGAUAGCUGAAAAUAUGAUCUUCCAAAACAUGUUUUUCAUACAUAGUAUAAGAUUAUGGCUUCUCUUGCUCAUUUUCUCUUCAUUAGGAACCUCCAUCAUUGGCACCACCACCACUACUUCCAUAACACCCGCCACCAUGCUAACAGCUACUAACACCACCAAACCCGGCUGCCCACGAAAGUGUGGCAACUUAACCAUUCCAUACCCAUUUGGCAUCGGUUUUGAUUGCUCCAUUAAUUAUUACUUCACUAUCCUAUGUAAUACUUCAUACAACCCUCCCAAAGCUUUUACUAUGCUUGACUUUGGUUCUAACCGUGAUGCUGAUAUAUUGCUUAUAACCGAGACUCAUCUGCUGCUUCGAAACUCUAGGAUAGCUUCUAAGUGCUAUGAUUCCCAAGGAGAGGUGACUUCAGAAAGUUCAAUAGUCUUUGAUAUAGUGAACUCUCCUAUUACUUUCUCAAACAAUUCCAACAAGUUAACUGUUGUUGGUUGUGAUGAUUAUGCUUUGAUUUCGGGUUAUACAGGAAUCCUCGCGAAUGGGACUCAACACCAGUAUAACAGUGUUGGGUGCCUUGCCUUGUGUUCUAGUCCGAAUGAGCUGAUUUCAGGGUCUUGUUCGGGUUUAGGAUGUUGUCAGACAUCAAUCCUGAUUGGAUUGCAGUCUUUCAUGAUUACACUUUUGAGUUUGAGAAAUCAUACAGGUCCUAAUAUUUCGAGUUUUCAGCCUUGUGCAUAUGCAUUUCUGUCUGGAAGUGACAGCUUCAUGUUUGGUGGAGCCUCAGAUUUUGUACCAAAUAGGCUCAGAAACAGAACAGCUGAUCAAGUUCCUAUGGUGCUUGAUUGGUUUGUUGGGGACUUAAACUUUAGUUCGAAUACUAGGCCUACGUGUGAAGAGGCUAAGAAAAACUCGACUACAUAUGCUUGUCAGCUGAAUACUCAAUGUGUUGGCGGCGUUGGUGGAAGAGGAUAUCACUGCAAGUGUGAAUCAGGUUACGAGGGUAAUCCUUAUCUUACACCAGGUUGUACAGAUAUCAAUGAGUGUGCUGCUGGUUCGAAUAGCCCAUGUAGCAUGGUAUGUGAUAACACACCAGGGAGUUAUAAAUGCUCGUGCCCGAGUGGAUAUUUUGGCGAUGGAUUGAAAACUAAUGGAACUGGUUGUAUGAAGAUUGCAGAUAAGAACUCAUCAACCCUCAUUAAAAUCACUCUUGGGUUGGGCAUUUCCUUGGGAUCAAUACUAUUACUCCUUUGUGGUUGGUGGUUGCAUGUCCUCAUCAAAAAAAGGAUGAUUGUUAAGCAAAAGGCUAAAUACUUUGAGCGCAAUGGUGGCUUGUUGUUGCAACAACAAAUGUCCUACGACGAAAGUGUUGUAGCAAGAAUGAAAAUCUUCACUGCUGAUGAGCUAGACAAAGCCACAGACCACUUUAAUGAGGAUAGGAUACUCGGAAAAGGAGGUCAAGGUACUGUUUAUAAAGGAAUGUUAAGUGAAGGUAGAAUUGUUGCCAUAAAGAAGUCUAAAGUUCUGGCUGAAAGCCAGUUAGUCGAAUUUAUCAACGAAGUAGUAAUCGUAUCACAGAUUAAUCAUCGAAAUAUAGUCAAGGUACUAGGAUGUUGUUUGGAGACUGAUGUCCCAUUACUAGUUUAUGAGUUUAUUCCUAAUGGAACUCUCUUCCAUCACAUUCAUAAUCCGAGUCAAGAGUUUCUAAUCACCUGGAGAAUGCGCUUGCAAAUUGCUUCUGAUUCAGCUGGAGCACUUGCAUACUUACACUCUUCGUCUUCUAUCCCUAUUCUUCAUCGAGACAUAAAAUCCUCCAACAUACUUCUAGAUGACAAAUACAGGGCAAAGUUAUCAGAUUUUGGGACUUCUAGAUCAAUUGCUCUUGAUCAAACCCAUGUAACUACUCGUGUUGUAGGAACAUUUGGUUAUUUAGAUCCGGAGUACUUUCAAACAAGUCAGUUUACUGAGAAGAGCGAUGUUUAUAGUUUUGGAGUGGUACUUGUCGAGCUUCUAACAGGACAAAAGGCAAUACGUAGUAUGUCUGAGGAAGAAAGAAGUUUAACUUCUUGGUUUCUCUUGCAUAUGGAGAGUUCUUCUUUACUCGAAAUAAUCGAUACUCAACUCCUACAAGAGGGUUCAGAGGAAGAGUUUUAUACUAUUGGUAAUCUUGCAAAACGGUGUUUAAACGUCGAAGGAAGGAACAGACCAACAAUGAAAGAAGUUCUAGUAGAGAUAGAAGCAGUUUUGGCACAUCAUUUACCACAACAAAACUGGUCAGAAACUGAGCAAGUAGCUAGUAAUAUUGGAGGAGUAACACAAACAUAUGAUUCUGGCACAUUUCAAUUAGAAAAUUACUCUAUGAAUUCUGCUGAAUUAUCUCUAUUAUUCAAUCCUAGAUGACAGUAAAUCAAUAGCUUAUGUCCUGGUUUAUCAAUUCUCUUAUCAUUAUAUAUAUAUCCUUUAUCUAGUAA